CCGCACGCGACGAAAUGCAUCGGGUCGGGGGCGACAGUGGCGGGGAGCGCCCGGGGGAGGCGGACGCAGCGCAGCAGCCGGGAGGCUGCAGCAUGCAGUGUGGCUGUGUGACCCCGGGGCUGCCUGCCCUGCCCGGCUCCUACUGGGUACCAGGGCUUGCCUUCCCAGAUUGGGCAUACAAGGCCGAGUCCAGCCCUGGCUCACGGCAGAUCCAGCUCUGGCACUUCAUCCUGGAGCUGCUGCAGAAGGAGGAGUUCCGCCAUGUCAUUGCCUGGCAGCAGGGCGAGUACGGGGAGUUUGUCAUCAAGGACCCCGACGAGGUGGCACGGCUGUGGGGCCGGAGGAAGUGCAAGCCCCAAAUGAACUACGACAAGCUGAGCCGAGCUCUCAGGUAUUACUACAACAAGCGCAUCUUGCACAAGACCAAGGGCAAACGCUUCACCUACAAGUUCAACUUCAGCAAACUCAUCUUCGUCAACUGCCCGCUGUGGGACCUGCGCUGCCCCCCAUUGCUGGCGGGCGCUGUUCCCCCCUCUCUGCCGAGCCAGCUGCUGCAGAAUGCGCUGCUGAGCCGGCGGGCGCUGGCAGAGCCGCUGGGCUGGCACCGAGGUCCCCGGCACCCACUGCUCCCUGAGGCACCGGAGAAGUCCCGGCUGAGCUCCGUGUCCCCCCCGUGCAUGGGGGGCUCCUGCUGCCGCCUGGGGGGCCCCGAGGAGUUCCCCCGCUUGGCUGCCUUCCCCUGCCCACUGUUGCCCCCCCCGCUGCGGGAAUGGGCCCCCUUCCCCAUCCUGCACCCCCCACCGCACCCCACACCGCUGCUGCCCCCCCAGCUGGGAGCCCCCUCUCCCAUGGAGCUCCCCAAAUCAGAGCCGUUCCCGCUGGGCCCCCGUUGCCCCCCUGGGCUUCUCGGUGGCCACGCCAUGGCCGGGGGGGGGCUCAUGGGCGAGCAUCCCGGGGAGGACGGCGAGGAGGAGGAGGAGGAGGAGGCGGAUGAAGGCCAGCGUGGCACAGCCAUGGCACAGAGGGUGAAGCUGCAGCUGGAGGGCAGGGAAAAGGGCAGCAGCAGGCUGUCCCCCACCAGUUUCACCCCCUCACAGCGUGCUGUGCCCCCCCAGCCACCCGGCUGGCCUCUGCAGCCACCCUAA